AUGUCGGAUAUCGCGAAAGGGGUCGGCAACUUGUUUGCUGCUGUCUUCGAUAUCAUCAAAGGCAUUUUCACCACCAUCUUGAACGUGAUCACAGGCUCCAUCAACGCAGCCGUCGGUCUUCUCAAGAAUGUAUUCAACAUGGCGGAAGGUGUCGUCGGCUUCAUAAUCGGCAACAUAUUCGUCAUUGGCACCUUGUGUGCAGUGUAUUUCGGCUAUCAAUUGUACCAACAGCGCCAGGGCAAGAAUCCGGCUCCGAUUUCACGUGUUGCGACAAAGAAAACAAACUAA